AUGGGUGCUCAAGACUUCUGGGUGGUCAUAAUUGUUAUUGGGUUUUGCUUCCAAGCUCAGGUUUCGAGCUCUCAGAACCUGACAUGCAAUCCAAAUGAUUUGAAAGCAUUGGAGGAUUUCAUGAAAGGCAUAGAAACUGUGAUUGAAAGGUGGGGGAACAAUUUAUCAUCUAACUGCUGUGAAUGGGCAGGCAUCACUUGCAACUCUUCAUCCUCUCUUGGAUUGAACGAUUCCUCUAUAGAUACCUAUAGAGUGGUUAAGUUGGAGCUUCCAAAGAAAAGACUAGCUGGCAACCUCUCUGAAUCUUUAGGCAUGUUGGACCAGCUUAGAACCCUCAAUCUCUCUCACAAUUUCCUCAAACACUCGCUUCCCAUUCCACUUUUCCAUUUGCCAAAUUUGGAGCUCUUAGACUUGAGCUGUAAUGACUUCUCUGGCCCCAUUCCAGCCGAUAUUGAUUUACCUUCAAUCCAGUCUCUUGACAUUUCUCAAAACUUUUUGAUUGGUUCCCUUCCACCUAGCAUCUGUAACAAUUCUACUCAGCUUCGGGCACUGAACUUGGCUGUGAACUACUUCACUGGUGAUCUCCCACCAGGUCUUGGCAAUUGUAGUGCCUUGGAGGACCUCGAUCUUAGCACAAAUGCUCUCACAUGUACAGGUGGCUUAUCUCAAGGCUUAUUUCGCCUGCAGAAGCUAACUAGAUUGAGCAUUCAAGAUAACAAGUUUUCAGGGAGGCUGAGCAAAGAGAUUGGUAACCUCAUUAACCUUGUUCGUUUGGAUAUCUCAACUAAUUUGUUUUCAGGAACUAUCCCAGAUGUUUUCCACUGCCUUGGGAGAUUGCAGUAUUUUGUAGCUCAUUCAAAUAAUUUUGAUGGUCAAAUGCCUUCUUCGUUGUCGGCUUCCCCAACUCUCUCUUUGCUGAAUGUGAGAAACAAUUCAUUGCAGGGUUCAAUAGAUCUUAACUGUUCAGCAAUGACUAGUGUGGCCUCUAUUGAUCUAGGUUCCAAUCGGUUUUAUGGGCCUAUUCCGUCCAAUCUUCCCUCUUGUCGGCAUCUGAAUAACCUAAAUCUUGGCCGGAACAACUUUAGUGGCCAAAUUCCAGAAAGCUUCAAGAAUUUUCAUAGCCUCUCUUACCUCUCACUGUCAAAUUCCAGCAUUUCCAAUAUUUCAUCUGCCCUUAAAAUCUUACAGCAUUGCCAGAACCUAACUACUUUGGUUCUCACCUUGAAUUUCCGUGAUGAAGAAUUGCCUGCUGAUCCAACCCUUCAUUUUGAAAAAUUGAAGGUUCUCAUCAUUGCAAAUUGUAGGCUAACAGGUUCAAUACCCCAAUGGUUGAGUAGCAGCAGCAGAUUGCAGUUGCUGGAUUUGUCAUGGAAUCGCUUGGAAGGAACAAUUCCAGUCUGGUUUGGCAAUUUUAGCAAUCUCUUCUACUUGGACCUAUCUAACAAUUCUUUUACUGGGGAAAUCCCGAGAAGCAUAACUGGACUACGGAGCCUCAUUGAUGGGAGGAUCUCAAUUCAGGAACCUUCCCCUGAUUUCCCAUUAUUCAUGAAAAGGAAUGUGAGUGCACGAGGAUUGCAGUAUAAUCAAGUUUGGAGCUUUCCACCAACACUGGAACUUAGUAACAAUAAUCUUAGUGGACCAAUCUGGCCGGAGUUUGGGAAACUGAGAUUGCUUCAUGUUUUUGAUCUGAAGUGUAACAAUCUGUCGGGACCAAUUCCGAGUAAUUUAUCCGGGAUGACCAGCUUAGGGACUCUGGAUAUGUCUGGUAACAGGUUUUCGGGGAUAAUACCGCCUUCGUUGGUUAAUCUGAGCUUUCUGUCAAAGUUUAAUGUUGCAGACAAUGAAUUACAUGGGAUGAUCCCUGCAGGAGGCCAGUUCUGGACCUUCUCAAGUUCAAGCUUUGAAGGAGGGAAUAAUAAUCUCUGCGGCGGCCUCACUCUCCCCUGUCCACCCGAGGUGCCCGAUGAUGAUCCUUCCCUCGGACCAUGGCCACCCAGAGAAUCAAACAAAUAUACAGGAAUGAUUGUCGGAAUGGGCGUUGGAUUUGUGUUUGGAAUUACAUGUUUCAUUGGGAUAGAUAGAUACGUAUGGACUUUUUAA